AUGCUACGCAGAAUUCCUCGGCACCUUCGUCAUGAUCUCCUUCGGCAUGGUAUCAACAUGGCGUGGGGUAUCGGCGUGCUCAUGGGCGUCUACUGCUCUGAAGGAGUGAGCGGUGCUCACAUGAACCCAGCCGUCACGCUCGCUCACGCCGUAUACGGUCGUCUACCAUGGCGCAAAGCACCUGGCUACGUCAUCGCUCAGCUCCUCGGAGCUUUCGUUGGAGCUUUCGCGAUCUACCUACUCGACUAUCAGCGUCUUCACAAAGCGGACCCAGACAAAGAAACUAUGUUCCGCAACUUCGCUACUCAUCCAAACCCGGAGAUCUCCAAUCUCACGGCGUUCUACACGGAAGCAUUGGCGACCGGUAUACUCUUACUGUGCAUGUACGCCAUCACGGAUCAGCGUAACCGUUCACCUGGUACCGUCGGCACUCCGUUCGCGUUUGCACUUAUGAUCAUGGCGCUCGGUAUGAGCUUCGGUAUGAACACGGGAUACGCGAUGAAUCCGGCCCGCGAUUUCAGUCCUCGCCUGCUUACAUUCUUCGCUGGCUAUGGUUCGAAGGUUUUCACCGAGAACAGCUACUACUUUUUGGUCCCAAUGUUCGCACCACUAAUUGGAGGCGUUUUCGGUGCGGGUGCGUACGAGAUCCUCGUGCAGGUACAGCACCCGCACGACCCGUCCGAGUUCAUCUGA